AUGGCAAUCAUGAAAUUCAAAAAUUAUCUCAGAGCAUUUAUGCUCCUUGCUCUUGCCUUAACAACAUCAGCCGAAAUAGAGUUCGAAAGUUUUGUCGUUUUCGGGGAUGGAUUAUCUGACACUGGUAACGUAUAUAAGUUGACAAAACAUGAAUUCCCACCGUCACCACCUUAUUACAAAGGACGAUUUUCUAAUGGAAAAAUUUGGGUGGACUAUUUUGUGGAAGAGCACAAAGUCAAAUUAUACGAUUACGCCUACGGAAACGCUCCUUCUGACAACACGCUAGUUCAAACUUUUACGGGUCCAAAGAAAGUAAUCGUUCCGGGUGUCUUUCAACAAGUAAAUGAAUUUUUGGAGAAAGACAGCAAAAAAAUCAAUGUUGAAAAAACACUAUUUGCGGUCGUAUUGAAUAGUGCCGACUAUAUCUUUACUCUUGGAAAAAUUGAUGCCGCGAAGGUUGUAGAACGAGUUGGCAAUUCCAUUAAAAAACUUCAUGAAUCCGGUGAUGCCAAGUAUAUUUUUGUCUCAACUAUUCCGCCAAUUGAUCGUUUUCCAGGAAUGAAAGGUUUAUCCACUGAGACUACUGAUCUGAUAGAGAGUAAGAUUGCACUUCAUAAUAAGCUUCUCCUUCAGUUCCUUGACGACUUUCGAGCCAAGCACUCCGAGGUUACGUUAUAUGUUCUUAGUCAAACUACCGAAAUGGCUGAUCAUAUGUUUGAACCCGAGACAUUAAAAGAGCUGGGUAUCACUGUUUCUGAUAAAGCUUGUGUACCUGACAAUGGAUUUGCAGGAAAAGAUAGUAUUGUUUGUGAUCAUCCUGAAGAAUAUGCAUUUUUUGAUACGAUGCAUUCUGUGAAUACUAAAAUCCACAAAUAUAUUUCUGAUGAAGUUACCAAACAUAUCUGGCUUUGA